ACUACUAACUCCGGUUGAUUUAUUUCAUCCGAGACCCACUAGCUGUCAAGCUCCUCUUGUUGUUCUUCGUGGACUUGAUGAAUUUAUACUAGAGAAGAAUGUGGCAAACAACAGUUGUUCUGGGCUUACCCUUCCGUCUCAUUUCCCAUUCUAUUUAACUAGUCUUGUAAUCCAUUUCACAUACUGCAGUAACCUUUUCUCGGGUCAUGGAAUAUUGAUCGGCUCUUGGAAUCUACGGGCUAUCAUAGUAGAACAAAAAUAUGCUGCCGGAUUAAGUCUUGACGCCACUAGCCAUGCACCCAAGUGUAAUUCUUUUGCCAACUCUCUUUGCUUCCCAAAUUGUGACCUGACCUUCCACUUCCACCAUGGACAGAAGGCUUUGUGAUGCAGCAUUGGAAGGAGAUGUUACCGCUCUUUGUCAGUUGCUUCAAGAAGAUCCACUUGCUCUUGCUAAAGCUGCUUUGAAGUGCGAGGAUAAGAAUCCUCUUCACAUAGCAGCAAUAUUGGGCCAUGUAGAUUUUGUAAAAGCAAUCUUACAAGUUGAUUUUGCUUAUAUUAUGUGUUUGGCCCGUGAUCAAGAUGGCAGAAACCCUUUACAUCUUGCUGCCGUGUAUGGCAGAUUGGAAGUCUUGCAAGAGCUACUUUAUGCAGGAUCUCAAGUUAAUUCUGCUCAUUCUAUGUGUUUGGCCCGUGAUCGAGAUGGCAGAAACCCUUUGCAUCUUGCUGCCAUGUAUGACAGAUUGGAAGUCUUGCAAGCGCUACUUGAUGCAGGAUCUCAAGCUAAUUCUGCUCAUCCUAUGUGUUUGGCUCGUGAUCGAGAUGGCAGAAACCCUUUACAUCUUGCUGCCAUAUAUGGAAGAGUGGCAGUCUUGCAAGUGCUAAUUCGCGUCGGAUUUCAAGCAGCUCUGGAGAAGACAGAUGGCGGAGGAACCAUUUUGCACCUCUGCAUCAUAUAUAAUCAGCUGGAAGCAUUGAAGAUGCUGGUCGACAUAUUAAAACAUCCAGAGUUUGAGAAUACAAAAAAUGAGGAUGGCAUGACCAUAUUGCACCUGGCCAUGUACUAUAAGCAACAUGAGACUGUGAAGUACAUAUUGCAGAAGAGCGGAGUUGACAAUGUCAAGUCUGAAUUGGCACGUCUUGGACAUACGACUGGGGCCAAGACAAGCAACUUUUCGACUGGAUUACAGCAUUUAAUAACCGAGAGUCGUAGUUGGAUACAGGUGGCAUGCUCAAUUAUUGCAACAAUGGCUUUUCAGGCUGCAAUGAGCCCUCCGGGAGGCGUUUGGCAAGACGAUCUAACAGUAGAUUCACAUGGUACCCCGGUGCCAAAUCCACACAGAGCAGGAGAAGCCAUAAUGGCAUAUACUCAUCCCCGAAGAUAUGAACUUUUCGUUUUCACAAGCCAAAUAUCCUUUUGGGCAGCUCUGUCGACAAUCAUCAUCACCAUCUGUGAUUUUACAGGAAGUUUAGCUCGGCUUCUGCUGUCGCUUUUGCUCUACAUAGCAAUUGUCACACUAACGACAACUCAUUAUAUAUCCAUCAUUUCGGUAUACCCUAAAUGCCUCACACAAAAGAGAAGUCAGCGCACAGCUCUGGCUGGAUUGGUGCUGCUGUAUGGUAGUGUUUGCCUUCUUGGUGGCAUGCUGGUUAUCGCAGUUGUUUGGAGGAAGCUCAAGAGGAAAGAUCCUGUACAGCUUAAUCAUCUAGGAGAACCUCGGGAUUCAGCUGCUGCUCAUGUGUAGUGCUUAUUAGCUUUCUGGAUUUAAGUAAUCUUUGGUGCCAUUCUUAAUCGGGAACUCCCCAAAUGGCCAUGGGGUGUGGUGCGUCACCCUUUCACAUUUAAACAGUGUAAUGCUGCUGAUUAAACUUUCAGGAUAUCUGCUAUAAUCCAUCUUAUACUACCACAUAUUUCAAGUUUGAGCAGCGAAUAAAUAAAAAAUGAUGAAUCCUAUUCUCCAUCA